AUGGCCAUGAUGCUUAUGGGUACGGCCAUGUUAUAUCACGUGAUAGAACGAUAUUUCUUGAAAGAAUUUCUUUUGACGCUCAGCAAUGCAGCACAUUUACCCGAGGAAAACGAUGAUUCACAUAGUACAGAUGACGAUCAAGAAGUGACAGACGGUAAUUUAUUUGACGCGCAUGCAGUGGAGCAGUCUCCCCCUGCACCACCAAUCCAAUCUAUCGAUGGAAAUAACUCCGACAACUCUGCAAGUGGUACGGCUACAGCUGCGUCUGAAGACAGUCGUAUUAUUCGGAAUGCUGGAGCAAUGGGUCAAGAGAGGAAGAAUUGUGGCAGGCCUCCUAGCCGUCGUGGACGACGUGGUAGACACGCGAGAAUAAAUCAAAAUUUAAUUCGCGAAGAAGAAGCUGCGUCUGAAGACAAUAGUAUCAUUCGAAAUGCUAGAGCAGCGGAUCAAGGAAGGAGGAGUCGUGGCAGGCCUCCUAGCCGUCGUGGACGACGUGGUAGACUCGCGAAUCAAAAUUUAAUUCGCGAAGUAGAAGAGACUACAAACACUGAGAAAGAAACGGUGCAAGAACCGAUCGCACGCGUCGAAUCCAUUGUAAACGAGCGGAUUAAUAUAAAUGAUGAAACUGAUACAAUUGCUGAAGGAAGUGAAAGAUCGGUGGACCAAUUGAUCGACCCUAAUGAGGGAAAUCACGUGAGAAAUGAAGAACGUGAUAUACCGGAGGAUGAAGUUGCAAGAAUAGAUGCCACUUUUGAAAACGAGAUAAACGAAGAUGAACACGAUUUUGACAUUCCGGCGGAUGAUUAUGAUUUCCUCGCUGAAGAAGAACAAAAUGAUUUGCCGUAUCAUCCCGUUCUGUCAGGCCCAAUAUCAAGUGAAAAUAAUCGGGGUGUUUGCUGUACAUGUUUAAACACAAUUGCAACCCAUGUACCAUGCGGCCAUCUUUGUAUUUGCGGCGAUUACGAACAGCAAAUAGAAGAUUACAAAUGUCCUUUAUGUAGGGAAAUAUAUACGUAUUGUAUCCGCGUAAUUACUACGUAAAAAUGUUAUCCGAAAAUAGUUUGCGUAAAAGCGAGAAGAGACUAAACAGACAGGACUACUGGAAAGUGUGCGUUAAUACGGCAUACUUCUCUGAAUAUUUUAUACGUUGCUAUGAUGGCAUAUAUGUUUUUGCUUAUAAGUUAGCUAGUUAUAAAAUUCUUUAUUACAAAUACAUAUUG